AAUUUUUAGCCCAACUGCAUUAACUUGUUGCUAGUACAAAUUUUAUUAAAUUGUAUUACAUUACGAAAAUUUUUUUCCUCCUAAAUAUCAUUUUAAACAACAAUGUCUUCGAAAUUUUUGACAGAGUUAUCUAGUGAUUAUGAAAAACUUUUUGAAACUGAAUUAGGAUACGAUGUUAUCAUUUAUGCUGGAGAAGAACCAAACGUUAAAGAAAUUCAUGCUCAUUCUAAUAUUUUGUGUAUCAGGUCUCAAUAUUUUCGUUCCGCAUUUUCUAAUGAUUGGGCUGAGAAAAAUUAUGGGAAAUUUAUUUUAAAGAAACCAAAUAUUUCGUCUCACUUAUUUAAUAUCAUUCUCAGAUUUAUUUAUUGUGGAAAUAUUGAAUUAAAGAAUUUACAAGGUCCUGAAGUAUUGAAACUUUUGAUAGCUGUGGAUGAGCUUAAUAUUCAACAAUUGGUUUCUUAUAUUCAAGAAUAUUUGAUCGAGCAUCAAACUGAAUUUUUGAAUCAAAAUCCAACUGGUAUUCUUGAAGUUAUUUAUCAACAUGAAACAUUUACAGAUUUAUGGAAUUUUUGUCUUGAAAAAAUUUGUGAAGAACCUGAAAUUUUAUUUAAUUCAGAUAAAUUUAUCAAUUUAAAGGCUCCUUUGUUGGAAUUAUUAUUAAAACGAGAUGACUUAAAUAUAGAUGAAAUUAUAAUUUGGGAAAGUUUAUUAAAAUGGUGUUUUUCUCAACAAAAUAUCAUAAAUGAUCCAACAAAAUGGAAUAAGGAAGAUAUUACAAAGAUUGAAAGGUCAUUACAUAGAUUUAUUCCUUUAAUUAGAUUUUAUGUUAUUGAACCUUCUGAUUUCUUUUACAAAUUUUAUUGUUAUAAAGAAUUUUUGCCUCAGGAUUUAAUUCAUAAUCUUUUGGAAUUUCAUAUAGUUCCUAAUAUGAAACCCAAAACUAAUGUAGCACCUUCAAGAAAACUAAACUUGAAAUUUAAACUUGAUUCAACAUUAAUUGAAUCAAAUCACAUUCCUUUAUUCGCUUCAUGGAUUGAUAAAAAGGAUUCCUCUUAUAAUAAAAAUAAGACCCCUUAUGAAUUUAAAUUAUUAUAUCGUUCAAGUAGAGAUGGAUUUAAUGGUAAGACUUUUCAUAAAAAUUGUGACAAUAAAGGAGCUACUAUUUGGGUAGCAAAAAUUCAAGGUUCAACACAACUAGUUGGAGGAUAUAAUCCACUUGAUUGGAAUGACUUGAGUGGAAAUGGCGUUUGGAAAAAAACUGCAAAUAGUUUUUUAUUUAAUUUUACGGAUGGAAAAGAUAUUUCUACAGCAAAAUUAGGUUAUGUUAAUAAUACAAAUUAUUCUAUUUUCUGCUAUAAUGAUUAUGGGCCAUAUACAGGUGAUUUAUAUUGCCCGGGUUCUAAUAAUUGGAUUUGCAAUAAUGGUAAUUGUUAUCCUAAGAUAGGUAUUCCAGGAAAUUUUAUAGUAGAAAAUUAUGAAGUAUUCCAAGUGAUAAGACAGUAA